AUGCAUCUAAAUUUACCUAGAAGAUUUAAUCAUUUUAUUCUUCUUAAUUAUCGUGUUUUUGAUAAAUUGUUGUCUUGUAAAAUCUAUUAACUACAUCUAAAACUAUUUUAAAGUUAUUUUAUAGUAAUUCAAAAUUAUUAUGAUUAAAUUCUUAAAUCUGCAUAUAGUAUCAUCAAAGAUAAAUAAAAUUAUUCAGAAAGUGAUAUAUAGAGUUUAAUAUAAUUUCAUUUUAGACACAUUCAUAAGAAGCUUAACUUAUAAUUUUAAGAAUUAAAUUUGAAGUAAAAAUUAUGUUANUAUUUACUUAGAGAAUUCAUCAGUAAAUAUAGAAGGAUAUAAGAUUUGGGGAAGCCCAUAUUCUCCAACAAUACCUUAUAAUCCAUGGGCAUUUUAAGUUGAUUCUAAAGAUGGGGAAUAAUUCUGGAAAUAAAUAGAAGAAGGCUCUGAUAUUGUUUUAACACAUGGAGCUCCAUUAGGACCUUAGUCAUUUGUUAAUUAUUAAUAUAGUCAAGGAGAAUGGGGAGAUGAAGCAUUAGCAAAAAGAAUCAAAGAAGUAAAACCACUUUAUCAUAUAUUUGGGCAUGUACAUGAAAAUUAAGGUAUGAUAGAAGAAGAUGGAAUUAAAUAUAUUAAUUGUGCAAUUCUUGAUGAAGCUUAUCGUCUAUCUGAAGAACCCUUUGUUUUUAAAUUACCUAGAAGAGUUAUUUCAUAAAAGGAAAAUGAGGAUAAAUUAUCAUAAGAUUGA